AUGGGCAAGAACAAACGUGGUAGACGUGGAAAGAAGUCGAAUAGACGAAGGGUCGUCGCGACGGGCGCGCCCAUAGAAUCGGCAGACAAGGUGUGCAGCUGUGCUGAGCACUACCACAGCGACGAGUACUAUGACUCAGACGAGUUAGACUACGAGACACUGUCGGCAAAUGCUGACGACUACAAGAAGACUGAGAAAAAGAAAGAUGAGAAUGACUAUGAGACAUUGUUAGCCCAAGCUUACGAGUGGAAGAAGACUGAGAAGACGACGACGCCGCCAGUUAAGGCGAACUGCAGCGAGAAGCCGAAGGACGAGGACGAGACGGAGCGGGCGAGUUCUGCGUGUGACGGAGAGGCCGAAGUGAAGAGGCGCAAGAAAAGGAAGAAACCUGCCGAUCCUCUUCCGGCGCUAGCAGAACCGGCCGAGCAUGCGAAUUCUAAUGGGGAGCAGCAUGGCUGCACCACGCAGCAGGCGAAGUGUAGUGAAGAGGCGCAGGACGAAAAUACGCGGCAGGCGGGUCCUACUUGUGACGGAGACGCCAAGAAGACGAGGCGCCGGAGGAGACGCGGGAAACGUGCGGACGCUCUUCCGCCACAGGAAGAAGCCGCGCCUCAGUCCGUGGAGCAGCCACCGGAAGAAACAGCAGACGUAGUGAGCGAGAAGAAGAAACGGAGGAGGCGCCGCAAACAUGCAACGGCUUCCCCCCCUCCCAGUGAAGACGGAGCCAGUGGCAGUGGAGGGGGGAGCCGGCCAGAACAAGCAACAGCCGUGGCAGGAGGCUUCAGCAGCCUGAAGCAGCUGGAGGAGCAGGUGGUCGCCGAGGUGAGGAGGCUCUUCACAGACGACAGGCUGUCUGCCUCCGUCCUGGAGUCGCUGCUCAAAGCGACCAAGUAA